ACGCUCCCGGGGUUGAGCGGCAUGCUCAACAAUAUCACCGCCGGUGGUUCCGUACACGGUAUCUCCGGAGCGAAGGAUGCACAAGAUCUGAAGCGGUACGAGAAGGAGCACGGCGUGCUGGGUGUGAAUCUGGGCUCCGGUCUGUCCGCGGGUGGUGGCCUCACGCUUCAUCAGGAACUGAUCAUGACUAUGCCCGGCACAGGUAGCGCGGCGGCGAUCGGGCAAGGUGAUGAUAAACCUGCGAAGCAAAAGCGACAUCGGACGCGUUUCACCCCGGCUCAGCUCAACGAGCUCGAAAGGUGUUUCGGCAAAACUCACUACCCGGAUAUUUUCUUGAGGGAGGAAAUAGCACUAAGGAUCGGUCUCACGGAAAGUCGCGUUCAGGUAUGGUUUCAAAACCGACGAGCGAAGUGGAAGAAGCGUAAGAAGACAACCAACGUGUUCCGGUCCUCGGGAUCGCUGCUACCGUCGCACGGCUUGCCUCCCUUCGGACCGAUGACCUCCGACUUGUGCACCGGAAUGUUUCAUACUCCUGCGGACAGAUGGGGAAUGGGGACAGGUCUUGGACAAUUGCAAAGCGGCAUGACGAUGAGUGGUUUUGGGCAGCUCGGUCAACAAAGCACGGGAAGUUUAGGUUCUAGCCUUAGUCUCGGCAACUCUGGACUGCCGAUCAACAGUCCAUCGCAAUCCGUCUACCACACCAACUACGGACUCAAUUCUAUCAGUGGUGUUCACGUAUCAGCGUCCCGGGGUUCGCCACCAGUGGGUUCCUCGGUGGGUGGUCAAGCCGGGAUGGGCUCAGGUUUGAACUGCGGUCAGGGUUCUCCGGGCACGACUUCCGGUACCGGUGGCAGCGGCAGCGGCGGUACUGGAGGUGGCGGCGUUUCCUGCGUGGCCGACGUGAGCACGAACGAAGGAUCGGAUUGGAGAGGCGCCCACAGCAUCGCGGCGCUCAGGCGUCGCGCCUCGGACGCCUCGCAACAGUACAGUCCACAGCCGCCGCCGCCAGGACCACCUCAGUAUACCCAUGAUAUGGAGUACAGUCCUGUUUAUCAAGGCGUCGUCUGA